AUGGAACACAGACCGAGAGCGGCUAGCGUCCAACCGGCUGGUUUCAACGUGAAUGCGGGUCGCGAAGCCUUCAAGCGAGUCGCUAGUAUCUCCACUGAUAACAGUUCAGGUAGGGGAAUAUUUUUUGAGAAAAUAAAAUUUCUUUUUAUACCUAAAAUUAAAAAAAAAUUUCAUUUUUUAGGGUAGGGUAGAGUAAGGUAUGGCAAAACAGGGCCAGACAUAGCAGGGAAGGGCAGGGCAGGGAAUAUACUUUUAAUUAUUGCUAUAGUUUAAAAGCCGUAAUGUAGGGUAGGAUAGGGUAUUGUAGGGUAGGGUUAUGUAGGGUAGGGCAGCUUAUUUUAGAGUAAGGCAAGAUAAGGUAGAGUAAAGGAAAAAUUUCAAUUUUUAAGAAAUAAAACUACCCAAAUUAACAAAAAUUACCAAAAACACUAACCGCCACCUCUAAAAUUGGCCACGUUAAAGGACUGGUCGGAUUUGUGGCCGCGGGGAAAACUUAAAAUUAGGAAGAGAGCAAAAAUGGCGUUUUUUACAAAUAUGGCCAAAGAGGCUGAAAUGGCCAAAAGGAAGAACCGGGGAUAAAGAAAAACGGAGGGGUAAAUUCUCGGCUUUGUUACUUUUCCUUUGGCAAGAUUUGUUUCAACCGAGUUAUCGUUUUUCGAAUCGUUUUUGAGGGGUAUUGGCUUUGAAUUGUGUUUUUAAAUUUAGGUAAAUAUCUAAACUAGUAAGAUAUUUUUGAAAAAUUAUAAAAUUUUAUCGUUAACUUUAAAUUUCAACGCUUUUCACAGCUUUUUUAAAGCCAAAAUGCCUUUGAAAGAGGGGGGAGGGAAGGAAAAAAAGGGUACAGGGCAAGUAAAAUAAAAAAAAUUUUUUUUGUGCUAUGGUUAGAGGGACCCUUUCAUGAUCGUUAAUUAACUGCCCUAUUCUUUGUGAAAUAUAUUUUCCCAAUUCUAUGGCCAAUAUUCUGUUUACAUGUUUGUCAACAACAUAUUAUUCUGCGUUUAUUCAGAUGGCGGUCUCCGUUCUUUAAAAGACUGUGUUCUUUUAGAUUUACUUGGGUUUUUAGUUGUAUAUACUAUGAACUUACAUUGAUUUUUGAAUUUUUUUGGAUUUCUUGAUUUGUUUUUUCUAGUGUUACCUAAUUUUGGUCUAGCAUUAGUCCUGGCUCCAGAUAAGUCGCAUCUUUGAAUUCAGUCCUAGCCCCAGAUUUGGCCCUAACCCUAGUCAGCCUUUGCUUACAGUAAGCUAGCCCUAGCCAAAGCCCUGGCCUCAGCCUUCCCCCUAGCCAUUGUCCUAGCCAUAACCCUGGCCCUAGCUUUAACUCUACCUAUAGCUUUAGCCCCAGCCUGAGCUCUAGCCCUAGCCAUUGUCCAAGCCAUAACCCUAGUCCUAGCCCUAGCCUUAACUCUACCUAUAGCCUUAGCUUCAGCCCUAGCCUGAGCCCUAGUCUGAGCUCUAGCCUUAAACCUUAGCUCCAAGCUUUAACCCAAACCUUAGCUCCAGCCUUAGCAUUUUUAAUUUUUAACCUUACGCAUAGCAAACAUACGAUGAACAUCUAUAUGCUUGUUUUACAUAUCAUAAAAUGUUAGGGCCACGAACGGGAAUAGGCCAAUUUUCUUUUCAAAAGCCAAAUAUUCCGAAGCCGUAAGAGUAAAAUUUUUUUCUUGCCAAAGGAUAAGUUGUAUAGUUUUUGUUUUCCCUGUUUCGGUUUCAUUCUUUCUUGACAAGUCGGUUCGGGCCGUGCCGAAGCCGUAGUAUGAAGUUCACUUUCUGUGCUAUAUUUUGGGCUUUGGGGGUUGUUUUUUAAAAUUAAUUUUAACAAAAAAAUUGUAAAAUGAGUGUGGAAGGGAGGAGGGAGAGGGAGGGGUAAAAGUCUUAAAAAACUUGUGAGAAAAGGGUAUAGACUUGAAUUUUUGUAAAAUACGAAUAUCUGUCUUUUGAGUGGUAAAAAUGCCAUUUUAAAUAACAACUUAUAGAAUUUACAACGAAAAAUGUCACAUUUUCAGAUGAAUUUGACAUAGAAAUGCUACGCAAAGAGCAAGAAGCGAUACGAUCGUUUACCGAGUCAGUAGAAAUGGAUUUCCCUCCAAUGCCCGAAUUACCACCGAAUUUGGACAUCGACUGCUACGAACACUCGUACGGUGGGAGGAUGAAGGAGAGCAGUACCAUUGAGACUAUUAUUGAGGUAGACUAAUUUUUACUUUUUUUAAUUCUACCCUGUAUAUAAUACAGUAUAUUGCCCUAAUCUGCCUUGCCUUGCCCUGCUUUACCUUGCCGUGCUCUGCCUGGCCUCGCCCUGUUUUGCCCUGCUUUGCUAUCCUGCCCCUCCCUAACCUGUUUUUCCUUGCCCUGCACUGUCCUAUUGCAUAAUCUGGCCUAUCCUUUCUUGUCUUGCGCUGCUGUGCCGUGUUUUGCCCUACCAUGUCUUGCCUUGUCCUAACCUGUCCUGUCCUGCUUUUCCCUGCUAUAUCUCACCAUAAUCUGACCUGUUCUACCUUACCCCACCAAGCUUUACUCUGCAAUUCUGUAAAUAUUAUAAUAUAAUAAUCAUGCUUUAGGUGGGGAAGUUGAAAGAAGAUGAAAAAGUGGAUCCCAGAUUAGGUGAGACGCAAAAGUAUCAGAUGACCGUCGCCGGCCCAGAAUUCGUCGAUACCGAGUUUGAGAUGCACAAGAGUUUACUCAAGGACGGUGAUGAUGAUUUGGACACGGAAAUCAUGAAUAUUCAAAGGUAAUUACUGUCGAAUUUGCAAAAAUUGUGACAUCACCAACAUUUUAAAAACUGUCAAUUUUUUACCUUUUCAAUUAAAAUUUUUUCAAUUCAAAAAAAUUAAAAAAAUGAGUACCGUGCUUAAAUAUAAAAAUCCUUUCAGUACCUCAACCUCAACACCCCGAACAAGACCAUCUGAUAUGGAUACGAAUGAAAAGUCGGAGAUACGACAAGCUUAUGCUCAAGCAGCUGUACAACGACCUAGAGCGACAACACCCACCUCAUGGAACGUGUUAGAUCAAUAUGUAAAGCAAAAAGAAGAUGAAGAACCAAAGAAACGAAAACUCAGAGACCAACCACCGCCAGAUGCUGGGGCUAGGAUCAGGGUUUCUAUCCCGAAUGCUAAGAGUAGUAACGGUAAGGCUACUGUAGUUUUGUGUAAAGUAGAUUGGAGUAAUCGAGUAGUCUACUGUAAUUUUUUGCUCAAUCCAACUUUUAGGUUCAGGUCGACGUCGAAACUCGAUGUCAUGGUCAGAUUUCUAUGAAUCCAUGGAGCAACCAAAGUAUCGGUCACGAUCUGGCAGUCGUCAAGGUAGUGUAGACUUUGAUUUUGAUCAAGAAUGGGAACGCCAGAACUCAGUAACAGAGAAGAAGGUCGCUGAUUGGGUGGCAGCCAAGAAUCAAAGUCAAACUUCAGGUAAGUUCAAAUUUAAAAUUUAAAAUUUUUACUUAUUAGGGAGGGUGAAAUGUGUUCUACUACAUAUGCAAAUUUUCAGUUUUUUAAAAUUUAAAUUUGUUGUAAAUGUUUGAGCCAGCCUUUUAUCAAAUUUCUAGUUCCGGAAAAACAAAAAUAUUAAAAUGACCUUACAUUUUUUUGUUUUGUACGAUAAUUGAAGUGUCAAUUACACUAAUUUAUUGUUUUUGACGUAUGCCAAAACAAACAAAUUGACUGUGAGAAAGCACUGUAUUUUGUUUUUUUUUCAAAAUUUUCAUUUUAGAAUGAUGAAUGGCUAUUUACAGUCUCGCCAUUUUUUUAUGAGGUGGGUAGUCUUAGUUUUAGCAUUUUUUCAUGUGGGGUGGGUAAUCUUAAGUUUUCCCAUUUUAACGGUGGGUAGUCUUGCUUUUCGCUAGUCGUAAGGUUUUAGCCAUUUUUAACGUGAGCUGGAUAGUGUGAGAAGGAGAAGGAGGUCAAUUAGACCUAAACAUAAACUCUGAAGCCAGAUAUGUCUAAAAAAGCCAAGGCAAAUUUUUAAUUUUUCAAUUUGAAAAAAAUGUUCCAGCUGUUUCUUUCCAGUCUUAUUGUUAGUCUUUGUUCAUAUUCCUUGAAAAUGUCAUUUUUUGUCAGCAACAUCAGUUUAAACCCAAUUUCAAGCAUAAACCCCUUGGCCAUUUAGUCAAUUGAACCACAUAAUUUGACAAUCCAUAUGCCUCUACCAUAAACUUUAAAACAUUCCCUCAAGCCCGGCUAGACGUUUGGAACAGAACGCUCCUUUAAUGUAAGCCUGGCUAGACAUGGAAAGGCUUGAAUGUUAGGCCGGCCUGUUUUUCAUUUUACUCAAGCCCGGGCCGGCUAAAAUUUUUUUUAGGUCCGACUUGUUUAAAAAACGUGAAUUAAAACUAAAAAUUUAAAUUUUUUUGGGCACGGGCCUAGUUAAAAAGCCCGGUUUGGCCAACCCGUUCCCAAUGUGUAAUCCCGACAUUAAAGUAUUCACUAAAAAAUAAACCCCAACUAUUUAGUAUUCAUUCGGCCGCAUAACCCCCUCCCUCUUUAACUCCCCCCCCUCUGCCCGCCCUAACCCGGGCGGCGGCGUUUCCGCGAGUACGACGCAGUAAAACGGCCCAAAAAAGUAUUGGAAAACGGUCGGUCCGGAGGCUUUCGACGCUUUUUCGUUGGGCGCAAAGAACUCUCUGACGGCUUAUAAUAGUGCCUAGGCUACGACAAAAACAUUUCCCAAUAUCUUGUAUGUACAUGUCCUACUUUGUUUUCUUUUCGCCAAGGUUUUUGCGGAUUUGGAAGCGAAUUUCAGGAGGCGAGGCGUUGUGAAAUGACGACCGUUUUCAGUGUUUUUUCGUUUUUUACAGAUUAGGUUGUUGUGUAUCAAAUUGCGGGUUGGUGGGGUGGUUUCGGAAUGUUGGGGUAUCGUUUCGAACAUGCUGGGGUAGGGUUUGACAUUUUGUGAAAGCGCAGGGUGUAAGAUAAAAAUGACUUUUAGCCUCUACUUUGAGGAGUAACAUAUUAACAAAAGAUAAAAAUACAAAACAAAAUAUUAGGUAGCUUAUUGCUUGUAAAAAAUUUUUUUAUUGUCUUCUCCCAAAAAAAAAGACCUGCCCAACAUUGACUAGUUCCUUAAUUCAAAACAUACCUUUUGCUAUCCCACACACUGAAAACUAUAUUAUUUUAGUUUAGCUAGUGAGAAAAUCAAAGUACUAAAGCAUAUUCUCACACUAAUGCUAAUUACUUGACUUGCCCCUCAUUGGAAACAUAAAUACCAUUUUUUAACUUAAAGUCUAGAGCUUUAAUAUAAAAAGAAUUUUUUAAAUAAUGCCAAAAACUACCAAAGUUUGAUGUUAAGGUGCAAACUGUUCUCCAUACUUCUAUCAGUUAUAUACGCUUGCUACUUUCCUUACAGACUUACUACAACCCCUCCCUAUAGCUUUUCUACCAGUCCUCCCUUUUAGACUUUCUAUUAGGUCGUUCAAAUAAUUCUGUGCCCCUAAACCCCCCCCCCCCCCAAAGAUUUAUUUCAAAAGGAGGCACAGAAUUAUUUGAACAAAUUAUUACCACCCUUUCCCCGUAGACUUACUAUAACUAUAGGCUUACAACCAACUUUCCCUCAUAAACUCACUAUCACCCCUUCCUACCCCAAAUACCCUAAUUCCACCCCCAAAUUCAGCCGUUUUAAUUAAUCCUAUGGUGUUAUUAAGCCAAGAAUGUAAGCAAAUUAGCCCUCCGCUUUCCGGAUCGAAGCCGUUUUAAUUUUAGGCCGCGGUCUUGGAGAAAACUUUGCUAAUUUCCGUUAUUUUAUUUUUUCCGUUUUUUGGAAAGAAAAAACCGUGCGAUCCUCAGAUGCCCUCAGGGUAAAAGUGUUCUAGGCACACGAAGGUAGGAGAUUUUCGAAUACGAAAGUAUUAUUACGUUUGAAUAAAGUAUUACUAGGCUCAACUAAAGUAUUACUACGUUCGCUAAAGUAAUAUUAGGUUGACUCACAGACUUUUUUCAAGUAUUGCAAAGCGAGUAUUACACUCGACUCAGGUGUAAUAUAUAAGAGAAAGAAAUUGCGAGAAAAGGAAACGUGAGCACGUUAUGGAUUGAGCGUACUAUUUGAAAGUUAGUGCAAAUAUUAAUAUCAUACUGUGAAAUCUUUGCUAAGUUUCGCUACUGAAAAAGCAGGAGGAGGCGGUGAACUUUUUUUAAAAAAAAUUCUUUGGGGAUGAGUAUCCUGCCUGAUUUUACCACCCUAAAUCGACCUUACUAGUUAGUCUAUACGCACUUUGUCUAUACCUACAGUCGAGCUUUCUCUAUACCUAUUCCUCAUGCAUAAACCUGACUCAAUUUCUCUAAAAUUAACCUUUGCAUUUCAGCAAUGUCAACAGAGAAGCCGCCAGAAUCUGGAGAGACAGCCGAAGCCUUCAUGAGCUCCGAACUAUCGCCAUUCGAUCCCAAGCCCGAGCCAGAAGUUGCUGGUACACCUGUGAUCGAAGAAGCCACAGAAAUACCAGUAAAGUCUAUUGGGAAAGAGGAAUCGACUGGUAAGUUUGAGCUUUUAAAUUUUUUUUAAUUUGCCCAAAAACUUGAUUUGGAAGUUGAAAAAUCUUGCUAUGGUAAAUUAGGGUUCAGUCUCCAAAAACUUUAAAUUUCAAAAAUUAAAAUCCAAUUCGCAGAAGAAUCCAAGCCGAUAUUUGCGUCAGAAUUGUCAAAAGAAGAAGUUCCCACAAGUUCUGAAGACACGAAACCCACAGACACAACAACAACAACAGAAGCAGAAAAGAAGGAAGGUGGCGCAGUACCAGUACGGGCUGCGCCACCACCACCUCCAGGUAAAAAGAAGGCGGAAGAGCAAGUUGUACCUGAGUAUGAUGCCUCAACAUACUACGACCAAAACGCCUAUGGAAGUGCUUAUGGAACCGGUAUGUGACUUUUUUUUGAGCUUGAGGUUUAGAUUUAUCAGAUGACUUGAAAUAAUACAGUAUGACAUAAAUAAUACGGUACGACAUAAAUUGAAAUGAAUUUCAAAAUUUUGAACUUCAGUCCUUUUGAAUCCAGAUUCUUAUAAAUAGUACUAUUUUUACUUCCAGACUCAUACGGAACAUACGACGCAUCCCAAUCAUAUGACCCCAACGCUUACUACGGACAAAACUAUGACUACGACGCGUAUAACACUUCGUAUGAUCAAAAUGCCUACAAUUACAACACAGCAUCAUAUGAUCAAACAGCGUACGGUACUGAACAGUCAGGCUACCCACCUUCAACAUACGAUCAGAGUGCCUAUAAUCAACAAGGAUACGAUCAAACGGCUCAAGGUUAUGAUCAAACAGCCCAAAGCUAUGAUCAAACCGCAUAUGACCAAGCAGCGUACCAAGGCUACAAUUAUGACACAAACCAACAGUACCAAAACUACGAUGCAGCAGGGUAUGGUCAAGAAGGUUAUGACCCUGCUACAUACGAAUACGGGGCAUACGAUCCCACUGCUUACAAUGCUGGGUAUGAUCAGUAUGGUGCGGUGAGCUCAGCAGUAGGCGAAGAACAAACUACUACGGCUCAAGCGGCCGCAUGUAACGCUGGCUACGACCAAGCCGGAAUGGAAUCUGAAGCCGUUGGGGCAGAGCAAACAACUACAGAAGUCGCUAAAGCAUACGCCGCUGGCUAUGAUCAAGAAGGACUCCGUACCUCGGCUGUUGGAGCUGACGAUGGAGGGACUACUGAUGAAUCUGCUUCAGGAAGUGCUUUGGAUCUGACAGAAAGCGCCGAGAAGCCGGCUGUUAACUACGAUUACAGUAGCUACGGAACGGGAGAUUAUGGGCAAGGCGCGACUAAUGUUACAGUAACGACAGAGGAUUCGGAUGCUUACGGAAAAGCAGCUGACACGUAUGGUAAAACAGAAGGAAAUUAUGACCAAUAUGGAAGCUAUAACACAACAAACUACGAUGCUUAUGGAGCUGAAGGAGCAUAUAAUGGUGAUACAUCGGCUUACGGAGCAGAAGUCAGCCCUUCAGCUUACGGUACUGAAGCCACAGAUUACAACGCUUAUGGGUCUCAAUCAUACGACUAUAAUGCUUACGGAUCAACAGCACCAGCACCUCAAAUGUUUACAAAACCAUUAUUACCACAAGCUGCACCAAAAACUCCAGACCCAUUCUCAUGGGAUGCUCAAGAAGCUAGCGGUGGCCUACCCCCACCACGACCUCCACCCGCUCGAACUCCCGAACCAGAAAGAGAAGAAUUAUCCGUAGAAGUAGAAGAAUCAAACAAACCUGCCCCACCCCGUCCAACACCCCCAGCAGCCGGCAAAACACCCCCUUCCCGUCCACCACCCCCACCGGCUAGUCCUGCCAAACCCGGCGUUCCUCCACCGCCUCGACCAGCCGCUAUGGCCUCGCCAAAAGUCGAAGAACCAAAAGAAGAAGAAGAUCCAUGGGCUCGCUUCAAACAGAUGACAGAAGCCGUGGGAAGUGCGGUAAAAUCGACCGAAAACAAACUGAAAGACCUGUCUGAAACUAGUGCUGCCAAAGAGAUCAAGGAUGAAACAUAUGUGGGACAGAUUGGAGGUACACAACAGUUCGAAUUGACGACAGCUCAGAAACAGAUUCUAAAGAUGCAAGAGGAGAAGAAGAAGGCAAAAGCUGACAAAAAAGCAACCAAAGCUGUGGCCAAGAAGAAAAGAGACAAAAUUGGGUUUGAUCCCAAAAAGGAAGAGGAAAUGGAACGAAAAGCUGCUGAACUGGUCGCCAAAAUGGCUGCUACUAGAGCUGAUUUGCAGGUAUGGUUUAUUCAUAAGAAUUACCCAUAAAAUAGGACAUUUUACAAAGGGAUGUGAUGUUUUCUUCAUCAUUUUAAAUGCUCUUUCAGAACAAAGUUGUAAUACCCCCUUGUAAAAUAUAAGAUAACAUAGAGUAAAAACUUGUUUCAGGGUUAUAAACCACCGACUGACAGCUCAGACCCAAGCGUAAAAGACGAACAACAACCAGAACAAGAAGAAGCUGAAUCUGAAGGAGAGGAAGAAGAAGCUGAAGCUCCAGAAGAGCCUGAACAACCGUGAGUUUACAAUCUUCAAUUAAAAAUUCAUACCUAACUUAAUAUUUUGCGUAAGAAAUUAACAUAAAUCAAGAUUAACAUGGUGAAGAACCUUGUAAUAUAAGCUAUACAAGACCCGUAAUAGGAGAAAUAAAAAAUAUUAUACUAAUAACUACUAAUAAAAGUCAAUGAUAAAUUAAUAAAACACCUGCAGAGCCCCAUCACCGCCAAAACCAGAAUCUCCAGCGGCCGAAGCUCCAGAAAAACAAAAGCCUCCAGAACCUGAAGCCAUUCCAGAAGGUUGGGCCGCGUUCUCCACUGAUGGCGGCAAAGAGUUCGCGGCCACCUUACCCACAUCAGAAUCCGACUUCUUUGCUCAAACAACAGAAUCCAAACCUGACGACGCGUUCGGUGGUGCUUCAGAAGCGGCGGCCGAUCCAUUUGCUCCAUCUGCCUUCUCGAACAACGUCUUCGACACGGAUCCAUUCGAUACUCGGCCCAUUGAAGAGAUAAUGGAAGAAGCGAAACGAAAGGCCGAAGAGAAGAGUGGCGGUUUGCUGGAGGAGAGUGUAGCAGUUGUUGACGGUAGACUCAGUAGCCGAGCGUCGACUCCAACAGAAGGAGCUAGUCCAGUUCCUGAUCGUCCGGCUGGAUUUGAAGACGAUUUCAAAGCUGUAAGGGAUCUGAAAUUUAAAAAUAUUAUUCUUCAAAAUUUAGAAAAUUUUAUUUUUAUUUUUACUGCGACGAAGUGUCAAAAAACAGUGAUAAAAGUCGUAAUGUCACAAAAUUUAUCAGGGUUUUUAUUUUUGACAAAAAUAUCGAUCUUUUGCUGUAAAACUCAAGCAAAUGGCAUCUUUAACGUAACUAAUUUCAAUUUUAAACUUUUUUCUUUCAGGACCCAGCUUUAUAUUCCCAUACCCCAACUCCACUGUACGAUGAAGACGAUUCAGCUCCGUUGGAAGACUUUGUACCUCGAUUUGCGGGCGAAGGCUGGGAAAUGAUGGUCCGACAUCCGCUGAAAAAGAAGUCUUUUAUGCAGGAAAGAUGUUGGAAGCCAUGUUUCGUGACUAUCGAGGACAAGAUGCUUCGUAUCUUCAGCUCAAAGACCGAUCGGACACCGUUGCUGGAGAUUCUGCUUCAAGCUACGUAUUCUUUGUCGGAUUCAGUGCUACAAGCCUAUGAUGCAUAUGGGAAGAUUCACACGGUGAAACUACAACACGUUUUGUACAAAGAAAGGGUUGGUAUUCGAGCUGGACAAAUAUCGAGGCUUGUGGAAGGUCAUAUCACAAAGUAUGGUUUACCCUUGGAGCACGCUGCUCAAGUCAACGUUCUGGCCAAGUUUGCGGCUUUGGAUGCGCAGGUUCUGGAGACAUUCAUCAACACCAUUGAAGACAUUUUGUUCCAUUGUCCAUCAAAACGGGAUUCGACUCCUUUGUACAAACAAGACGAAGUUCAGAUUCAUUGUCACGAUGAGUACGCUGCUCACGUUGAUAAACUGGGUAACGUAUCGAAUCAACGUGCAAGAGUGAGAAUGUUUUGCCUUAGCUUUUUGACUGGAUCACCUUUCCUGGAGAUUGGUUUGAAUGAUCGAAGAAGGGAAGGUAAAGAAAUCGUGAGAAGGAAGGAUAUAUUGCCAAUGUACACAGAAAGAUGGAUAAGAUUCGAAGGAAUGGAGUUUCAUAAUUCUGUAGACGAGAAGGAAUGGGAAGAAGAGCAAGUAGUUAAAGUUACACCACCAGAUUCCUGUUUCUUCGAGAUCCUCAGGUUCAGAAUCCGACCUCCCAAGAAUCGAGAAAAGCCAUUGUCAGUCAAGAGCAUCAUGAAGAUAGCCGGAAGCAAGAUAGAGAUCAAGAUCGAUGUAAUGGCAGCAGCUCAACAACAACGUGCUCGAGGUACUGUGGAGUCAGCCAGGACGAUUCCAUGUGAAGAUAUUCAGAUUCGCUUCCCGAUUCCAGAAGCCUGGAUCUACAUCUUCAGAGAGGAACGAACCUGGGGUGUUGGGUCAGUACACUCCAAAACUCGACGUACUGGCAAGAUGAAGAACCUGAAAGACCGUCUGAUAGGUUCAGUACAACAUACUGAGCAAACUUUGAUCGAAGUGGCUACAGGUGAAGCCAAAUACGAACAUGUUUACCGUAGUUUGGUGUGGCGGAUACCACGGUUACCAGAGAAGCAUCAUCAAGCCUAUAAACAACAUCUUCUCAAGUGUAGAUUCGAUCUGAGUUCGUUCGAUUUGAUGCCAGAAGAAUUUCGACAAACCUGUGAUGUGGAGUUCACCAUGCCAUUGGCUACGAUUAGUAAUACUGUGGUUAGGUCUGUCAGUGUUGAACAACAUGAAGACAGCGAUAGGGUGGAGAAGUUUGUGCGAUAUGUUGCUAAGUGCAAAUACGAUGCAAGUUUUUUUUUAUUUACCAUUUAGGGAAGGGUAAUGGUAAGGAAGUAAGAGGUAUGGUACAGUAGGACAGGGAGGAGUAGAGUAAGACAGGGUAAGAUAGUCAGGAUACAGGAAGAUAAGGUAAAGUAAAAUGGGUUAGGUAAAGUUAGAGAUAGUCAAAUGUAAAGCAAAUGGUGUUCAAUAUCAAAUUGAUUUUCUUAUAAAUCAUAUUAAUAUAAUCGUAUUUUAGAUGGAGAUCGACUACGUACAGUGUAAUACAUUGGACGAUGAUACUGAUGUUCAUAUCGGAUACCAAGCCAAACAACAUGAGGCAAUGUUCAAGCCUGAUGAAAUGAAAGAUCAACAUGAAGGGUAAGCAUUUUGGCAUUUUUUUUCACCCUAAUUUAAAAACUUAUAAGCGUAGUUUGUUAAAAUCUGAACUUUUUGUUACCCAAAAAUCACCUUCUCUUCUAAUUCCCCAAAAUAACCACCUAAUUUCCUCAUUUUUCAGCUACGGAGUCCAAUACACAGAAGAACAGCUAGCCAAAAUGAAGCAAGAAGAGGAAGAACGGCGUCUGAACGAGCCUGAAGUCGUAACUCAAGAACCUACCUCAACUUUCAAUCCCUUUGACAAUGCGCCAGCUUCGGAUGACUUUGCUGCUUACGCAAUGCAAGGUGGUGGUGGUACUAAUGGUAAUGGUCCUCCACGACAAAAUUCGAGUAGCGAUGACGAGGGAGAUGGCAAGUUCCCGACAAUCAAGAUUGACAUGCAGGGAUAUGGGUACGGAUAUUAA